AUGAAGGAUUCUAUAUUGAAUAACCGUCAGGUACUCUUGAAAUAUGUGCUAGCAGUCGCUAUAUGGGCUGAGGAGGGGACAUAUGGCAAACGACUCGACAAGGGAGCGAGAUCCAAACAAGGUGGAAUGAGUGUAUUUGCAGUGCAUGGGUAUGAUAUCGCCUUUGACGAAGUGAAUACUGAAGCAAAGCUGUACAAAGAGAAAUAA